CACAAUUCACAAAACAGUCAAACAACACACAAAUCAAUACAAUACUCCUCAUUCUCAUAUUAUAUUAACUUAUAUUCUCCAAAAAAGCAACUUCAAAUAAUCAAUUCACGACCAAAUAAUUCAAGACAUGAAUAAACUUUGAAUCAAAAACCAGAUAUACUCACAGAAUUCAAAUUCAGCAGAUUUCAGAAUAUUCAAUUCAAAAUACCCUAAAAAACAAACGAAUAUUCUUGAGAAAAGUAUAAAAAUGGCGUCAUCGAAAAAUGUGCGAAAGUUAGAGGUAGUUUCGCCGGUGCCGGCUGACAUAGACAUAGCAAAUUCCGUUGAGCCGCUUCACAUCUCCGACAUUGCUGCCGAUCUUAAUCUCUCUCCUCGACACUAUGACCUCUAUGGCAAAUUCAAGGCCAAGGUUUUGUUGUCUGCGCUCGAUGAGUUACAAGAAUCCCAGAAUGGAUAUUACGUUGUUGUUGGGGGAAUCACUCCGACUCCUCUUGGGGAAGGCAAAUCAACUACUACUGUUGGUCUUUGUCAAGCUUUGGGAGCCUUCCUUGACAAAAAGGUUGUCACCUGCCUUCGUCAACCAUCACAAGGGCCAACGUUUGGAAUAAAAGGUGGUGCAGCUGGUGGUGGUUACAGUCAAGUGAUUCCAAUGGAUGAGUUUAAUCUUCACUUAACAGGAGAUAUACAUGCUAUAACUGCUGCAAACAACCUUCUUGCUGCUGCUAUUGACACCAGAGUGUUUCAUGAGGCCACUCAGUCAGAUAAGGCUCUGUUUAACCGGCUGUGUCCCCCUAACAAAGAAGGUAAAAGAGCCUUUAAUAACAUAAUGUACCGGCGUUUGAAGAAGCUUGGUAUUGAUAAGACUAAUCCAGAUGAUCUUACUCCGGAAGAGGUCAAAAGCUUUGCUAGGCUUGAUAUUGACCCUGAUUCUAUUACAUGGAGGAGAGUUAUGGAUGUCAAUGACCGGUUUUUGAGGAAAAUUACUGUUGGUCAGGGGCCUGAUGAGAAGGGGAUGGUAAGGGAGACUGGAUUUGAUAUUUCUGUUGCUAGUGAAAUAAUGGCUGUUCUGGCUCUCACAACAUCUCUAGAAGACAUGAGGGAGAGACUUGGAAAGAUGGUGAUUGGAAACAGCAAGGCUGGAGAACCUAUAACAGCUGAUGAUCUUGGUUUAGGUGGCGCUCUGACUGUAUUAAUGAAGGAUGCAAUCAACCCCACUCUCAUGCAGACUCUUGAAGGAACCCCUGUGCUUGUUCAUGCUGGUCCUUUUGCAAAUAUUGCUCAUGGUAAUUCCUCCAUUGUUGCUGAUAAGAUUGCCCUGAAGCUGGUUGGACCUGGUGGGUUUGUGGUUACUGAAGCAGGAUUUGGUUCUGAUAUUGGAACUGAGAAGUUCAUGAACAUAAAAUGUCGAUACAGUGGUUUAACUCCACAGUGUGCAAUUGUUGUCGCAACAGUGAGGGCUUUAAAAAUGCAUGGUGGUGGACCUCAAGUAGUGGCUGGCAGGCCUCUUGAUCGCGCAUACUUAACAGAGAAUGUGGAUCUUGUUGAGGCUGGUUGUGUUAAUCUUGCCAGGCAUAUUACAAAUACAAAGGCCUAUGGUUCAAAUGUUGUGGUUGCGAUAAAUAUGUUUUCUACUGAUACAGAAGCCGAGCUGAAUGCUGUAAAAAAAGCUGCAAUGGAUGCUGGGGCAUUUGAUGCUGUAAUCUGUACCCAUCAUGCACAUGGUGGAAAAGGAGCGGUGGAUCUUGGCAUAGCAGUUCAGAAAGCAUGUGAGAAUGUGACACAGCCUUUGAAGUUCUUGUAUCCUCUGGAUGUUAGCAUCAAAGAGAAAAUAGAGGCAAUAGCGAGGUCUUAUGGUGCUGCUGGAGUUGAAUACUCUGAACAGGCUGAGAAACAAAUUGAGAUGUACAGCAAGCAAGGAUUCUCCAAUCUUCCAAUCUGCAUGGCAAAAACUCAAUAUUCAUUUUCGGACAAUGCUGCUCAAAAGGGAGCUCCAAGCGGGUUUAUCUUGCCAAUUCGUGAUGUGAGGGGUAGCAUUGGAGCUGGUUUCAUUUAUCCUCUUGUAGGAACAAUGAGCACUAUGCCCGGGCUCCCUACAAGGCCUUGCUUCUUCGACAUUGAUCUCGACACCACAACUGGGAAGGUUAUUGGUCUUUCUUGAAAGGUCUUUUCUCAGGAAGAAUUGAGGUAGUCUCCUCUGGAGCACAAACUUCUUGGAGAUCCUUUGCAUACUGUAUUUGUAUGUACAUUUGUCUUGCUAAUAAUUCCUUGUAUAAAAAUCUUCCCGUUGUUCCAUUUGUGUUCCCCUCAGCUUUUGUAUCCCAGUGGACAUGAGAAUCAAUGUUGGAUUUUGUAUGCAAUGGAGUAUUAAUAAAAGUAUGAAAAUGGUUAUAUCCCAAA